UCACAUGCAUACUUGGCCCUCUACUUCAUUCACCCACGUUGCUUCUUGGUGGAAAAUGGAAACGCCAAUUUAAUUCUAUUGGUCCACUCAUUACUCCAUGCAUUCAUUCAUAUGCUUGUCUUCCUUUUCUUUACUGCAUUACUAAGUAGACUUGAUAUGACAGAGAACAAGAUAAACUCCUCAUCCAACUAUGCUCCAUGUAGUAAAUGACUUCUUUAAUUCAGCUCUAUCAUUCAUAACAUAUUGAUUAAUAAUAUCAUCAAAUGCAAAUUACCAUUCAACACCCCCUCUUAAUUUGCAAUUUAGAGUAGCUCCUUGAACUUCUCGAAUUUCUCACGGGUGACCGUUUUCGUCAUUAUAUAUGCUGGCUGAUUAUUGGUAUUGAUAAAUUCCAUUACGAUUAAUCCGUCAUUGACGAGGUCUCGGAUGAAAUGAUGACGCAACUCGAUAUGCUACGAUCUUGUGUGAAAUACUGGAUUUGUUGUCAUGGCUAUGGCUGACAUAUUAUCACAGUGAAUAAUGGUUGGACCAUUUUUGCUUUGCUGCAAAUAAGAAAUUAACAUUUUUAGCCAUACAGAUUCGCAUGCUGAAUCUGUAACUACGAUAUAUUUUGCUUCCGCCGAAGAUAAUGCCACAGUCUUCUGCUUCUUUGAACUCCAGGAAAUAGGUUUUGAACCCAGAUAAAAUAUGUGCCCCGAUGUGCUUUUUCACUCAUCUAGUAAUCAUGCCCAGUCAUUAUCAGUAAAUCAAGUCAAUUUGCUUCCUACUUCUUUCUUAUACGUCAGUCCCAAUUUCUUCGUUUCUUGAAGAUACCGUGAAAUUCUUUUGGCUGUUGCAAAAUGAAUUUUGCUAGGUUCACUCAUAAAUCUUGAUAUAAGACUUACCGAAUGACAUAGAUCCGGCCUGGUAUGUGUCAGGUAAAUGAGUGACCCGACAAUACUUCAGUACAGCUUCCCAUUGCCUUUUUCAACUCCAUCAUUACGUUGCAAUUUCUCGAUCAACGACAUCGGUAUUGAGACUGGUUUGCAUGUUACCAUGUGAAUUAAUAUUGUGGUGAGGGCACAAGUUUAUUUAAUGCUGCACUACGUAGGUGAGGGUUAUUUAGAGAAACCAAAUUCUCUAUUAAUUAGUAUCAUUUCCUUCCGGUUAUCAUUACAUGUCAUAAUAUAAUAGAGACGGAUAGUUUAUUUUUAUAUGUUGUUGUGGCAAUAUGAGAUGGUAGCGGGAACGGCUACAGUGCUAAUUAUAUAAUAGUUAGCACCGUCCUAAACAAGGGAAAAACUAUUACUAGUUUGAAUUAGUAGUGAUUUAGCUUAGAUGUUGUAUUGAUUUUAUAAUAAUCCGUAGUGAUAUCGUUAUUUUUAGUAGCGUUUUUUGCUAGUUAUCACGGUGCUAACCCCUUAUAGGGGUUAGCACCUACUCCCAUCCCGUUGGAACAAUAUUAUUGUUUUCAAAAUCUGUUUUUAUUUAUUUAUUUAAUCUUGUUUCCUGCUAGCUGCUGCUGUGCAGGCUUGUAGCCUCCUUUGUUGAUCAGUUUUGUACUUCUUGGCUUCUACCUCCAUUUUAUAAAAAAAAAAAAAAAAGUAAAUCUCAAAUCAAUAGAACCAGCCAUGCUUAGAGUUAGAGGUAUGGCAUGGCAUAUUUUAUUUUCACUUGCUAUAUAUAUAUAUACGCGCACCCUACACUGCAUGUGUACAGAGACAUCACAUAUUUUCGCAAAACAAACUAGCUAGCUAGGACCUAAUCGGAAGAAGAAGAAGGGGGGAAAUGUCGCCGACGACGUACAAGAAACAAGGGGUGGAGAGCGUCGGCGGCGGGCAUGUAGCCAUCUGCGCCUGGCCAUUCACAAGCCACCCACAAGCUCUUGUCAACUUGGCCGUCAAACUGGCCAACGCAGCACCCGAAACCGCCUUCUCUUUCCUCACCACACAGACAUCCAAGCAUUCCCUUCUUCUCGCCGCCGACAGCAGCGGUGCUCCUCUACCGACCAACCUGGUGCUCUACGCCGUACCCGAUGGCCUCCCAGAAGACGACGGCGUCUCGGCAGACGACGACCAGAGAAACCACUACCACAUGGACUGCUUCAACAUGGCCAUGCCCGGCAACUUCAAGCAAGGCAUCGACGCCGCGGUGAAGGCCUGCAACAAGAAGAUCUCUUACAUCAUAGCGGACGCUUUCUGCGGGAGGGUAGUUGCAAUCAUUGCCAAGGAGAUGGAACUCCCAUGGGCGGCCUUGUGGGUCCUCGCUCCGUUCGCCCUCGACCCCUUCUUCCAGAUGGAACACAUCUAUCAACUCUAUCUGAAAGCUCAAGCUCAAGCUGACGGUGAUGGUGAUGGUGACAUCAUCAUUCCCGGGCUCUCCCCGUUGCGCUUCACCGAUCUCCCCGGACACUCUCUCCAGCCGAGCGGGGAAGGGUGGGCGUUCUUCCUCCCCAUCAUGAGGGCGCUCCCGGAAGCGUCGGUCGUCCUCAUGAACGCCUGCCGGGAAAUAUGUCAAUAUACACCACUUAGCAGCAGCACUUCAUUAUUUCUGGAUGGAGAAGGACCCAAGCUGAUCAGGAAGCUGUUGUUUGUGGGUUGCUUGACCUUACCAGCACCAGCAGUUAUUAUGUCACCACCACUUGGUGUGGCUGGAGAAGAAGAAGUUGAGGAUGAUGAUGAUGAUGAUGAUAUGAUCUUCCCGUGGCUGUCAAGGCAGAGAGCGGGAUCCGUUGCGUACGUGAGCUUGGGGACCAUUUCGGCGCUUGGGGACGAGGAGCUGCGUGGGCUGGCGGAGGCGCUGGAGGCGCGUGGGUCCCCGUUCCUGUGGUCGUUGAAGGAGAGCAUGAUGGAGAGGCUGCCACGUGGGUUCGUGGAGAGGACGCGGGAGUACGGGAAGGUGGUCCCCUGGGUGAAACAACAAGCGGAGGUGCUGAGGCACGGGGCGAUCGGGGUCCAGGUGACGCACUCCGGCUAUAACUCCGUUUUGGAGAGCAUCUUCGGCGGGGUGCCCUUGAUUUGUAGGUCGGUUUGGGCUGACAAUCACAUGGUGAGGCGGUGGGUGGAAGAGGUUUGGGGGAUCGGUGUUGGCGUGGAAGGCGGGGUGUUUACCAAAGACGGGGUGUUGGCGUGUUUGGCUGCUGUUUUCGGGGAGGAGGAGAAGGGAAGGGAGAUGAGGGCCAAUGUUGCUGCGCUUAGGGACAAGAUGUUGGCUGCUCAUGGACCAAAUGGCAGUGCUGCCAAAGACUUGGAAGCUCUCUUGGAGAUGAUCCAUGAUGCACACCACGCUGCCUAUACCUAGCAAACAGAGAACAUAAACAAAUUAAUUAAACCAGAUGAUGCGAUCCACAAGUUACUUGUCGUUGUUGUUGGAGCAAGAGAUAUUGAAAGUCAUCAUCAAAACUCAAACCGGUGAUAUGUCAAAGUGGAUCGACAAGGUUUAGAGAAAAUCAUCACCAUCAAGUUUACUUUAAUGUCAAUGUGUGUUUUAGACUUUAGUUUGAAUUAAUGUUUUAUCUUUGUGGUCUCCAAAUGCUAGCUUGCACAUGUUGUCUUGUAGUGCAAAGCUUUAGACUAUUUAAACCCAAGUAUGAAUGAGAAACACCCAAGACUUCUAGGGUUUCAUGUUCCACAACUCAUCUUUGUUGUUAUAGUAUCAGAGCCUCUAGAUCCUAAAGAAACCUAAAACCUUCUA